AUGGCGCGGCUGGGCUGCGGUCCCAGGCGUCCCGAUUGGGCGUCGCCUUCUGUCGCUGCUGCGGCCGGGGUAGCGGGAGGCUUCGCUAGUCCCGGAGCAGUAAGUGGGGCCCUUCAGAGGCGAGGCCGGGAGAAGAGCGCUUUGUCUCCCCUGAGAGAUGGCGUCUAUGCUGUGGCCAGCCGAGCCCCAGGAGGGGAAGGCAAGACUGAGAUUAAUCAGCAGUUAAGCCUAGAGUCAAUGGAACUUGACGAACUUGCCCUAGAAAAUUACUGCACAGCUGCACCGCUUGCCUAUUACAAAGAAAAAUCUUCUGAGGAUGGUGUUGAAAACCCUGAAAGGAAAAUAUCAGUGGGAACUCCCACUUGCAAGAAAAGGUUCAUAAGCCUUUUGGUUACCAUUGAAAACCAUACUCCAUUAGUAGAACUAUCUCAACUUUUAGGAACCAGAGAACUUUCUGAAAUUCUUGAAUUUCCCUGGGAAGAAACUAAAAAUGUGUACAAGUGUCCUGAAUGUGACCAAAGCUUCAGUGACAAUUCUUACCUUGUUUUGCAUCAGAAAAUUCACUCAGUAGAGAAAAAAUAUAAAUGUGGUGACUGUGGGAAGAUCUUCAAUCACAGAGCCAACCUGAGGACACACAGGAGAAUCCACACUGGUGAGAAGCCUUAUAAGUGUGCCAAGUGCAGUGCUAGCUUCCGCCAGCAGUCACACCUGUCCCAGCACAUGAAUAGCCAUGUAAAGGAAAAACCCUAUACUUGUGGCAUAUGUGGAAGAAGUUUUAUGUGGCUUCCAGGAUUGGCACAGCAUCAGAAAAGCCACAGUGCUGAGGAAGCCUAUGAAUGUGCCAACCCUGAGAAAUAUGUUGUUCAGAAAACAAAUCUUGCUUUGCAAGAGAAAACGCACUCAUCAGCUACCCCAUACCAGAACACUCAGUGUGUGAGCACUUUGGGGCAGCUCUCAUGCUCUGCCCUCCCAGAGAAGAGCCACCCGGAGGAUUCCAAAGGCUGCAGCAAUGACCAUGGAAACUUUUCUUUCUCAAAAUUCAAACCCUUACAAUGUCAGGAGUGUGGCACGACUUUCCCUUGUUUCUUUGAGCUUGUUUCCCAUCAGAACACUCACACAGAAGAGCCCCACAAAUGCAGAACAUGUGCAGAAAGCUUUCCAUCAGAUUCCGAACUUGCACGCCAUCGGAAGAGCCACACGGAAGAGGGACCUUUUAAAUGUCCCAUAUGUGGAAAAAGGUUUAGGGCGAAUAUGCAUCUCAUUACGCAUAAGCGAACUCAUAGGAAAAACACCAAGUAAAUGUAACACGUUGUCAUUCAUGCUUGGGCUUUUCAGUAUCUACACGGGGUGGGUGGGGGUGAGAGUUGCUGUUUAUGUGCCAGGCAUCUUGCUAAGCACCUUAAACACAUUCCACAUAAUGUAUAAUUCUUAGCACAACCUUGGGUUAUAUUCUAUGUGAGAGCCGAAGAGCAUAAUCAGGAUCACAUAGCCAGGACUGAAAUUCAGUUAUGGUUCACAUUCCGUUUUUAUGAGCCAGAGAACAAUACAGAACUUUUUCUUUAAGUUUUCAUUAAAAUAAAGGUUGUUGCUAGAGUUCUCCUUUUGUUUACAUGGUUUCUAAGUAAAUUUUAGAGGAGAAUUUAAUGUUUUUGCAGAUACUGUAUCUAGGAAAGUAAAUGUUUUUAUACUUUUUUGGUAUAACUAUUUGAAUGUAAUAUUUGUAUGAUGUUAUUCUUAACAUGUGAAUUUCUAGAGGAGUUGAGAAGCUCUUCCUCCCUGACCCCCUAAAAAGUUCCCAAAAGAGUGUACUAGUUGAUAUUUUGACGGUUAUUACUUUCUAUGGAGUUCCCAUUCUCAGAUCUGACGUCAGGGGGAGGUACUGGCAAUUAUGACUCAACUGUUUCUAAGGAGCUUUAGUGAUUUCACUAUAAUGCUUUCCUUGAGGCUGGACCUGACUUAAAGGUAGAGUAGGGAGGGAAAGGACUUGGUUGUCUCUACUGGAGCAGGCCGCCUGUCUUGCUGUGAAUAAUCAUGACUGUUUUUUACUGAAUAUGUUAUUUACAUGAUUUAAGCUUCAGAAUAAAUCUGUGACAGAGAAAGGACUAUCCUUGUUUCAUAGCAAUGAGGAAACCGAAGGCCUCUGAGGAUAAAGUCAGUACUUUGCCCUGCAUGCAAGAAAUCACAUGGUGAUGAAACUGGCAUUUGAACUUGGGUGUCUCUAAUUCCAAAGGCCACAGGUUCUGUGAUACUGCCUUUCUUAUUGGCAUCCAUGGCCCAUGAUAGAACUACAAGCAACCAGGGAGGCUGAGGUAGGGAGGUGAGCCUGGCCGGCCUGGAGAAUGACCCGUGAACUUACAUUCCGGAACCCCUUUGUUCCCUUUUUCAUUACCCAAGCCUGACUGACUUGUACUGUUAUAAGGCAACAGAAGACUCCCCAAGACUUUGAGUUUGAACUCCCAUCCCUGUCAUCCAAGCAGAGAGUCCAAGCUACACAGAAUACAUCCUGAAAGUUUUAGUUUUUUUUUUUAAAGAAGUAACAUUUCCUCUCCAUCUCCAAAGAAAAAUAAUUUAGAAAAUUGUUAGAUUUUUAACCAAAAUACUUGAUAACAUAUGUCUAGAUACGGCUAUUACACAUAUUGGAAAAAAAUUGUUAAAUAAUGUGUUAUUAAUGUUAAAGAACCAGAAAAUGUUGUAAAUAUAUAUUCAUAUGGGUUUCUCUUUAAAGCCAAAGUGAUUGUAUACCUAUCGACAAACUAAUAUUUAUGUGGGCCUUUGGGACAGAAGAAUGAUCUUACUGUAUUUAGACAAUGCAAAGGUACAUUAUUUACUAAAAUGGAAUUAUUGGGAAAUCUCAUUAGCAAAAACAAAAGCCUCUUGAAGACUAAUUGGAGGACAGUCCUUCUACAGAACAGAGACACAACUGAACAUGCCAAAGAUGCUGCCCACUACACCUAGGCCCUAACACUUAACAGAGGGGAAGAUCAUGCUGGUGAAUGAAUCAGUAGCCUUAACCAAACUUGCCUUUUCUCUUUUCCCUUCUUGUCAUUCUUGUUUUGUGUUUGCAAAGCCACUCUUAAGACCAGAUACUCUGGAUGUCAAGGUCAGACUUGACUUUUCUGUGUUUGCAAAGCCACUCUUAAGACGAGAUACUCUGGAUGUCAAGGUCAGACUUGACUUUUCCGCUUUCACCCGACUCUCAGGGUCUGUGUGGUGGCUCCGUGCCUCUUGCCCCCAGCACGCUCCUCCUCUCAGAAAGGAAUCCACUGCAACAUUGUUGAGAAAUCAACUGCAACAGUUUCCCAUGUCUCCACUGUCAGGAUACCAAUCUGCCAAGGCUGCAAAGUCUUAAAUUUUAUAAUAGGCCUUCUGGUCUCUUCAGUUGGUCUCUCAGUGAGGUACUUCAGGUAGUACAGAAAGAUGGCCUCCAGUUAGUUUUUUUUUUGUUUUUUGUUUUUUUUUUGUUUUGUUUUGUUUUUGUUUUUUUUUUUUUAGCCAACUCUGGGAUAUAAUCUUUGCCAAAAAUCAUGGAGAGCAACACCUCCCUUCUCUUCUGCCCUUAGUGGGAAAAACUGGCCCACUGCCUCAUCAGCACAUUUUUAAGGCUCUAAUAUUUCAGCCAAGACAGUGAAGAGUUGCAUGGUGGGCAGUGAAAUUGGAAAAGAGGCCCCUACUCACAGAGUUGCCACAGAAAGCAGUAGAGAGGAGUAUUUUUUUUAAAAAAGAUUUAUUUAUUUAUUUGAAAGUCAUAGUUACACAGAGAAGGAGAGACAGAGAAAGGUCUUCCAUCCACUGGUUCACUGCCCAGUUGGCCAUAACAGCUGGAGCUGUGCCGAUCCGAAGCCAGGAGCCAGGAGCUUCUUCAGGUCUCCCACACGGAUGCAGGGUCCCAAGGGCUUAGGCCAUCUUCUACUGCUUUCCCAGGCCAUAGCAGAGAGCUGGACAGGAAGUGGAACAGCUGGGUCUUGAACUGGCACCCAUAUGGGAUGCCAGCACUACAGGCAGUGGCUUAACCCACUACGCCACAGCACCGGCCCCAAGAGAGGAGUAUUUUAGAAGGCAUCAGGACAGAGUGAGGCUGAUGAUAUGAAAGAUAGGAGCUGUUAUCCUUUCUUUUGAUCCUAAAAAAGUAUAGGGGAAGGUGCAAAUUCAUGGCAUAAAUCUUGUUCUGAACCUCAGUAUAGAAAUUCACCUUUACAGAUGAGGUUUUAUUUACAGUUACCCUCUCAAGUUUUUGUAGCAUUGUUUAUUCUAGGGUUUUUGGAAGAUUAUGCCAAACAUACAUAAAAGGUUAGAAAAAUACUAUUCUUACAGAAACAUUAACCUACACAUCAGUGUAACUAAAAUGGCUCUUUGAAAUAAUAUUGUGAUUGGUGUGUAGAAAAAAUUUCUAAAAUCUGAAUGUCAGUUAUUGUGAAAUAGGCAUAUUUUCAUUUGUUGCUUUAUUGUACACUGUUUCCUAAAAACAUGUGCUGGAUGUAAUUCAAGCUGCUCUGCCCACAAGGAGUUGAAGGAACUGGUUUGUCUAUUAAUGACAUUCAGACUGUUUUUAGGAUAAUGGUUUUUUUCACCCUUUCCUUUACCAUGUCAAUUGAUGGAGACAGAUUACAUAUGAUUGUUAUUAACUGAGCAGUAUUGUUAGCUUAUGAUGUUAGCAAAUACUGGAUAAAGUUUUAUAUAGUGUUAGAAAAAUAAAUGCAAGAGUUUAUUGUUA